UUUUUGUUUUCACUUCAUCUCCUUUCUCUUUCAAUGUCCGUUGGUAACAGACGAAAGUUUCAGACAUAACACACAAACACACUUCUCUCUAAUCUCUCUCUCUUUCUCUAACCAAUCAAGCAGACAAGACAGUGAUGAUAUAAAAAGCCAGAGACAAAGGAGGAUCACUCAUCGUUUCCUCUCAUGAAUCUCUCCGCCGACCAAGCUCCCGUCGCCGACGAAAUAUCUCAGCCGGCUCAACCUCAUCGCUUAUCAACAUCAUGUGAUCUCCACCCAGAUGAACGUUUCUCCGGUUUCUGCCCUUCCUGUCUAUGCGACCGUCUCUCCGUCUUAGAUCACACCGCCGCUCCGCCUCCGUCUUCUUCCCGGAAACCUCCCACAAUCUCCGCCGCGGCGUUGAAAGCUCUCUUCAAGCCCUCCUCCUCUACUGCUACCAACAACAACAACAACGCCUCCAAUGUGAACGGUCGGGUCCGACCCGGUUUCUUCCCGGAGCUCCGGCGUACUAAGUCGUUCUCAGCCAAGAACAACGAGGGAUUCUCCGGUGGGUUUGAGCCGCAACGUCGGUCUUGUGACGUCAGACUCAUCCCAACAAAAGAAGCUGACACCGUCGGUAAAAUAGAGGACGAGACUAGGAAGUCUAGCGUGAGUGAGACAGUGUUAGAAGUGAACGAAGAAGCUGAAAUCGAGGAGGUAGAAGAAGAAGAAGAAGAACAUGCUGGUCACUCUGAGAUCGUGAAAGAUUCCGACGAGAUUGUAGAGGAGCUGAAGCCAAAGAAGGAUCACAUGGAUCUCUACUCACAGACGAAGAAACCUUCUGUGAAAGAUUUCGCCGGUAGUUUCUUCUCUGCAGCCUCUGUUUUUAGCAAGAAGCUACAGAAAUGGAGGCAGAAGCAAAAAGUUAAAAAGCCGACAAGCGGCGGCGGAGGACGGCCACAGUCCGAGAUCGGAUAUGGCCGGAGAUCCAGCGACACUGAUCCGAGAUUCUCUCUUGACGCCGGGAGAUUCUCCGUCGAUAUCGGUCGGAUUUCGAUAGACGAUUCUCGCUACUCGAUCGACGAGCCGAGAGCGUCGUGGGACGGUCAUUUAAUCGGCAGAACGACGGCGGCUAGGGUUCCUCCGCCGCCAUCGAUGCUAUCAGUCGUGGAAAACGCUCCGGUGAAUGUGAAUCGAUCAGACAUGCAAGAAGCGUCGAUUAAGAAUGAAUCGGAUCCGAUAAUCAUAAUCCCAGGCGGAUCGAAUCAGACUCGAGACUACUACAAUGAACCUCCGUCGUCACGGAGACGUAAGAGUCUCGACAGAUCUAAUUCGAUUAGAAAAAUUGCGACGGAGCUAGACGAUGUCAAAACGGUGUCGCAUUCGAAAGUUUCACCAGCGAUUACGUUAGAUUCGAACUCCGUGGAGACAGAGGAGAACAGAGUGAAUCAAAAUCAAAACGGUGAGAAGAAAUCGAGACGGUGGGGGAAAUGGAGCAUUCUAGGGUUAAUAUACAGGAAAGGUGUUAACAACAAAGACGAUGAUGAUGACGAAGAAGAAGAAGAUAGGUAUAGCAGAUCGAAUAGCGCCGGAAUGGCGGAGAGAUCUUUAUCGGAAUCAUGGCCGGAGAUGAGGAACGGAGAAGGAGGACCGAAGAUGAGGAGGAGUAACAGUAAUGUGAGCUGGCGAAGCUCCGGCGGGAGGAAUAAGAGUUCGAGGUAUUCGUCUAAGGAUGGAGAGAAUGGGAUGUUGAGGUUUUAUUUGACACCGAGCUGGAGAACAGGUGGUGGUGGUGGUAGUAGCGGCGGAGGCGGAGGCGGUGGUGGGUGGGAGAAGACAGCGGCUAGAGCUAAUAGUCACGGCCACUCUAUAGCGAGGAGGGUUAUGAGGCUGUAUUGACCAAAUUGUCCCUCUUCUUUUUUUAUUAUUGGGAUCUUUUGGUUUGUGGUUAAUUUUGGGUUUAUCUAAAUUUUCAUUGUGAAUAAAUUGGUUAUCUACUUAACCGGCGUUAAUCGGACCAAAUUAAAUUGGUUAUAUAGCCCUCAAAACCUAAGUACUCGGAAUGUUUUAGAUAUGCUCUCUCACUCCGCCGUCGUCCACCACAUCCUCCGACUUAUAUGAUUCGUUGGGUCCGUCGAGCUGAUUUCAUUCGGUUGCAAGCAUGCAAGUACGAAGUAGAAGAAGAAACAGAUUGAGAAAGGCAAGGGUAUUGUAUAAGUUGGAAAUGUGGGUGAUGCAAUGUAAGUGUUUGACGAAAUGUCUGAGAGAAGAUACUGUAUAAUCUCUUGCUUGUUCUCUCUGUUUCUCGUACUUGCAUUAGUAUCCUCUUGUCUUAAUUUCAGCAACUAGCUAAGUCUAAGUUCGAGCCCUUGCUCUGUGCCUGUAUUAUCAAUUCAAGAUUGAAUCUUUAAGUAGCUUAAACAAACAACUCUGGUUUUGUUUUCAAAUAAAUAUGGUUUUUGCGUGAGCAGCACAAGCAUCUAGAUGACACACAUUGGUCUUGGUGGUUUGAGUAAACAUCAUUGAGAUCUAUUGUGUUACGAUGCAAAAGCAAAUGUAAAAGUAGCUUGACGUAUCAAGCCCAAGUGUUAAGUUUCAAACUUGGGUCUAUUAAUCAAGUUUUAUGAUC